CCAUUGCAUGUAGCAGAUGCUCCACUGACAUGGUUUUUCUCUUCUAUCCUAGACUUCUUUCUGAGAAAUAUGAUUGCCUUCAACUAUGCCCGCACUUGGAAGGAGAAUAUUUAUUUUGAAGAGCAAGAUCUGGAGGACUUUUUCCUCGUCAUGAACUUGCCUUUCUUUAGGUAUUCUAUGGUAACUUAUGGUUAUUUAUUUAUUUGUGGCAUAUUUUUCGACGAUUGGAUCAGUGUAGAAUCAGACACAAGCACAUCCCAAAGCUUAUCCAAAGGCCAGGAAACCUGACAGAGUUAACCGGCAACUUACAAAUAGCAAACCUGGUUAAAUAUUACUAGUACAGUUUCCUUGGAGUUUCCAAUUGACAUGUUCUCAGUCCACAAGUAAGACUUGGCAGUUGUCAUUAUAAUACUUCUGAAAGAUUCUUGGGUAGGAACCUGCCGUGCAGUUUCCUGGUUCCCAUCUUGCAAAUUCUGCUUAUUGGUACUGCAAGCUGAACUUCGCCAUGGUUUGCAGAACAAUAAACUUGAGAAGAUCUGUCGUGCUGUAAAACAACUGAGGUACUUGUGCUAUUUAUUGAAGCUUCCAUUGGUCUCCAGCAUAUCACUAAUCAGUUCUGGUUGUCCUGCAGAAAGAUUACCAGCUGUUUCUUUCCAGAUCAUAUUUGUUUGAUUAUACUUUUAAUCUUCAGUACUGGUUCCAUCAGUCGUUAUGCUUGUCAACCAAAGCAUCGAGGAAGAUGUGUUUGAGCCAAUGGUUUCGCGUGUUACUGAAAUUGGACGCCGCUUCUUUGGGAUAGUGAGCUCAUCUGAAAAUGACGGAAGGGGUCCUACAAUGCAUGAACUUCCAGAAAAGAUCAGAUGGGAAGUGCAACAUCUCGAAGAUGUGUUUGAGGGGAUCAUGGAAGACAAGGAGGGGGUCUGUGAGAGCGUUAGGUCUGUUAGCAAGGCAGUUUUUAAGUGGCAAAGAAGUUUGGGAGUAACAUACCGGAAUGCAUCUGGAGCUCCUGAACCUUUGGAGGUAAUGAAAUGGGCAGUUGAGCAUCAAGAGGGGUGGGUUGAGGAUGGUACCACAUCAGUAGCCAGUACUGAGACACUGUCUUUUGAUGAAAAUGAGCUUUUUGAAUCACUUCGAGACCUUAAGACCGCAGAAGGUGGCUCAGAAGCUCGUCUCCUGGAUGGCAUCAGGAGUGGGAUGCAGUGCAUCAACGAUGUUCUUGCCACCGUUCGAUCAAGAAUGGAAGCAGCCAACGGGAGCUUGCGUAUUGUAGACCAUGUCUUCUCCCCAGUAUUGAAACUUAUAAAAACCAUUGAUCAUCUAGUAUCAGCAGCUACUGAUGGCGGAGACAAAUCUGAGAACUAUAAGUUGCUUGCCAAGAUUGAUGGCCAAGUAAAAUGCUUGCAGGAUGCACUACAUGUGAUUGAUAUAAAUAAGAGAGAGGUUGAUGAAAGCUUUAGAACAAUGGAAGCUCUCAUCGAGCCACUAUUGUCACGCCUUAAAGACACUUGCAAUGUUCAAUUGGAACCUUCGAGCUUCCAAGAUGAGAUCAAUGUCAAAGACGGCAUUGAUCACUUGGUACAUGUACUUGACAUGAUUGAGAAAAAGAAGCAGGAUGGAAAUGCUAACUUCAGCAUUGUCAAUGCAGCCUUCUCGCCGUUAUUGACAUGUUUGAACACCAUCAGGCACCUCUCAUUAGAAGCCUUAGCCCAUGAAGACAAAUCAGGUGCUUUUAUUCUCUUGGGCAAUAUCAGCGAUGAGUUGUCACAGCUCAAAGAUGUACUCCAGAAGGUCCAGGAGAAUGAAAAAGGGAUAUACAGUAACUUUGAUGCCAUUGAGCAACAUCUUGAUGAUCUUUUUGAGGGGCCUAUGAUAGAUGCUGAAGGCUCCUUAAAACUUCAGCAGAUGGGUGGCCUGCGAGAAAAGCUCUGUGCGAUUAAUAAAGAGAUAUCAAAUAUAUGGGGAAAGGUGGAUGACUCUUUCAACGUCCAGGAUGUCUCCAUCAGAUCGAUGGCUGCAAGGCAUGAAGCUUCAUCUUCUCGUCCAUUGAUGCCAGCAGCAGAUAAAUUCAACAUUAACAGGGAAAGUGUGCAGAUGUGGAAGCUGAAGGAUAGCAUUAAUGGACUGGAGACGAGGUUGAGACAGUGCCUUUUGUGCCUUGCUGUGUUCCCAGAGGAUGCAGUCAUCAAGAAGAGGCUGCUAAUUCAUUGGUGGAUUGGAGAAGGCUUUGUGAGUUCAGUUUCCGAGGGGAAGAAUGUUUUUAAUGAGCUGCUUAUCACCAAGGGAUUCAUUAAGCCAGUUAAGAAAUACCACUGCAACAAAGUCCACGGGUGCAAGGUGCAACCGUCGAUCCGUGCGCUACUGAUUGAAGCUGCAAAGAGCGCAGCAUUUGUUGAGCUCAAUUCUGACGGCAGCUCCAAGAAUGACUUCACCAGAACCCGGCGUGCAUGUCUGCAGGAUGGGAAGAUCCUUACCAGUUUCCAUCGCGAUGCGCUGACAAUCUACAAUAUUAAACAACAGUAUCUGGAGUUAGACAAGACAUGGUUUUCCGGAAAGACAUGUUUGAGCACUGUGCAGUUAGGACGAUGGCAGGAUUCAGAUUAUGACCCUCGGGCGCAUCACGUAGAGUUGAACAAUGCUGAGUUCCUAAAGCAGGUCAAGUCAUGCAAGCAAUUGAAGUACCUGAGCUUCAGAGGGAUAUCGAGAAUCGAGGCCCUUCCAACCUCGAUUGGAAAGCUCACAAGACUUGUCAUCCUUGAUCUCAAAGCAUGCCAUAAUCUGGAGGAUCUACCAAAGGAGAUAGUGAAACUAGUGAAGCUGGAGUACUUGGACGUUUCUGAAUGCUACUUGCUGUCUGGUAUGCCCAAGGGACUAAUCAAGCUUUCUCACCUUGAAGUUCUCAAGGGGUUUGUUCUGGCAAACACUAGGAGCAAAGACCCGUGCCAUCUCAAGGAACUUGUCAUGCUGAAAAAAUUACGGACGCUGAGCAUUAGAAUUGGAAAUAGUGUAGAUAGUGAUCAGUUUGAGAAAAUUAACGAGUUUUGUGCCCUCCGGUCGCUCACACUUACUUGGGGGGCUGGGUUAUCCUCGGUACCUGCUAUACACGGUGGCAAUCGUCUUUCAAGAUCAAGCAGUGCUGCUACUAUUGCUGUUAAUCAUGCAAUGCCUUGUGUUCUCCCCUCGGGUCUUGAGAAGCUGGAGAUCUGUUGCUUCCCAGUGGCAGAAUUUCCUUGCUGGGUUAAUCCUGGAGAGCUGAAAAACCUGAAGAAACUCUAUAUCAGGGGAGGUAUCAUAAGUAGUCUAGGCGAGGACAAGUAUUGGGAGGUGACCGUGCUUCGGUUAAGGUUCCUCAAGCAUCUCAACUAUUCAUGGACGGCACUGCGUGAUACUUUCAUGAAACUCCAUGUAUUGGAGGUGCAUGAAUGUGAAAAUCUUGAAACCUGGCCUGACUGUCAAAAGGGCUUGUGGCUGAAGGAGACGAAUGGAAUUAUGGAAGGUUCGCAUCUCGCUUAACAUGAAACGACACCUAACGGGCUGUUUGGAAUGGGUGUAAAAUUUGUGUGGCUGCAGGUAUUUAGCUCAAACUUGGAACUAAAUUCCGAUGGGCACAGAAAAUUACACCCAUUCCAAACGGGGCCUAAAUCUUGCAAGGAUUCAAUUUCUUGAUAAUUGCAACUGGUGAUAUUUCUUCAACCAACUGGAAAGAACGCAGCGGGGUAGAGUAUUUGAGAAUAAGUUCAAUUCAUUUGAUCAUGUGUCAAAGCAAAUUAAGUGUGAUGCAUUCUAUUGGUUCAAGGACAGGGCCAAGUACUUUCACUGAGGCCAGGAUAAUCCUUCUUUUGGAAAGAAAAAAAAUAUGCUUUCAGUCGCUGUUUGUUUAAGGUUCGAGUCGCUGUUUGUUUAGGUGCGUGGGGUUUCCUUUCUUUUGGCGAUGUGGCCUUUUUAACUUUUAUCAGACCUUGUAUUGUUCUUCCCCUCUUCUAUUACUAGUAAAUUAGUACGUGUUUUGCACGUCAAGAAAUAUAUAAUAGCAGGAGGAAUACAUUAUCGACAUUUUAUUUCCUUCUGUACGUGUUUUUUUAUUGGAGAAUCAGAUUCUUGGCAUGAAAA